UUCAAGUUAUGAAAACAAACACACAACUGGAUGACACACAAUGACGAAUGGAUCCACAUGUACGUCCACAUUCUCAUGACACAAGCAUGAGAUAUGGGCAUCUUAAGACUGAUAGCCAGAAUCAUGGGUAGGAUCAGCACCUUCAGGUCGUAUCAGUUCGUGCUGCUCCUGGCUGCCGCGCUGGCCGUCGUUGCUUUUUACUACUUUGGCUCAGAGAGACAGAACUUCUCUAGCACCACAAAGAGGAUCAAGCAGAGCCAGGCCAGUCACAACACCAACAGAAAUGAUGCAGACCUGACUGUGGACACCAGGCUCCCGCACCCAGCUGGAUCUGAGGAGCAAGGAGGGGUAGAGCACGACUUAGGGGGAGAGAGCGAGGGGUUUAUGUCGAGGAGAGGGGACAGUGGAGCUGUUGACCAACACUAUCACGCACUCAUGAUGUUCACCAAGGUGGACAAGAGCCGCAGCCUGCAGGACAAAUUCAGGGUGGCCAUGCUGUCUAUGGUUAAGCUGGCACGCUUCAUGGAAGGAGAGGUGUUGGUCCUUCAUUUUGUGAGUGACCCGGCCAGCAGAGAUCUGGGAGAAAAGAUGCUGCAAGAACUUCUCCUUGAUGCAACAUUUAAGUAUGAGGUGCUGUUCCAUGAUGUGGAGGCUCUCACACAGAAACUGUUCCCCAUCGUGGAGGCCAUGCAGAAGCACUUCAGCUCCGGCUCUGGCGCUUAUUACAGCGACGCCAUCUUCUUUCUGUCUGUUGCCAUGCAUCACAUCAUGCCAGAAAGUCUGACGCGCAUUCUGCAGCUUGACCUGGACCUGAAGUACAGGACCAACAUCAGGGACCUUUUCCAAGAAUUUGACCUUUUCCCUCCAGGAGCAGUGAUAGGCAUUACCAGAGAGAUGCAGCCUGUCUACAGACAUACCUUCUGGCAGUAUCGUAAGGAGAAUCCUGAGAGUAAGGUAGGUGAGCCUCCUCCAGAUGGACUCCCAGGCUUCAACAGUGGUGUGAUGUUAUUGGACUUAGGAGCUAUGAGGGCGUCAGCUCUCUACAACCAGCUGCUGGAGCCGAGCAAUGUGGCCAAACUGGCAGACCAGUACCGAUUCAGGGGCCACCUGGGUGACCAGGACUUCUUUACCAUGAUCGGCAUGGAGCACCCUGAACUGUUUUAUUCCCUGGCCUGUGGAUGGAACCGGCAGCUGUGCACUUGGUGGAGGGACCAUGGAUACGGAGAGGUGUUUCAGUUGUAUUAUCGUUGUAGUGGACCAGUCUACAUCUAUCACGGGAACUGUAACUCCCCAAUACCAGAUGACUGAAGUAGAGGACUGGACUGAUGCUGGAAAUUAAAAAGGAGUGUUUGAAUUCUACAUUUUAGUAAAAGGGAGAGUUCUGCUAUUUGGAACGGGGGAUUCUGACAUUUAUGGCAGUUUCUUUUUUCUUUCUUUUACAUACUCAGCCCCCUGCUGGUCAAGGGGCUUUUGAAAGUCCCACCUGCACAACAGUGCUACAAAUAUGAUGCUGAAAUUUUCCGAUAAGACCAAAAAAAAUAAAAAUCCUACCGUAUAACAAAGCAAAAAGGUGUAAUAAUAGGAGAGUUUUCUCUCAGGUACAGAGUUGAGAAACAGAUUAAUGAAAUCAAAGGUUUGGUAGUAGAGAUGUGGUGAUUAUCUACCUGUUAGUAUACUGCAUUAGUAAUGUUCUCUUGCUUGCUGGUGUUUGAUUGGCGAUUGCAGCACCUUCUUAGAUGACAGUACAUUGUAAAAGAAUUUAAACCUUUUUGCAUUUGCCCUUUUGAGUGCAGGGAAGGGCUAAUGUCAGAAUGAAUGCAGUCGAUUGCAUCACAAAAAGUAAAUCGUAAAUGAAUGUGAAAUAGCUUUUAGUCAAUAAUUUAAAUAAAAACUAAAAAUUGUUUGGAGGAGAAACCGUCAUCUAUUUCCCAUUUAUUUGGCUAACACAUUUUUUAAACAGUUAUUUGGUCAGGAAAUGUGUUAUUUGGCAAAUGUCCGGACACAAAAAUUGUCUCAAAACUGUUUUUCACUUCCUCUAUUCACUCUGACCACCACAGUGGCCGAACUGCACCUUGCGGCACCUCAUACCCCUUCAAAACCGCAGCAGGUUAGGGCUAGUCUUGGGUUAUUAGCUGCCAGCCUGUGAGGCUUCAGACUUGGUGGCAACCUGCGGUGUUUGAAAAAGAGGCCAAUGCCGGAGUGCAAAAAAUUGCAGUUCAACGAGUGUCCGCUUGAGUCUGGCUCCCUGGAAGGCACAUACACACCCUAUUUAAAAAAUGCCUGUUUUUACAGCAGAAAUUAACAUGUUUACAGCCUGGUACAAAAUCGGUACUAGAUACCUGGUGUCCUCAUGGGCACACACUGUGUGGUGGGGUGAAUCUUUUUAUAACACAUCGGCUUUUAUUUUAUGAACAAUAAAAGUUACUCUCAGUUAGGCUUGAUGCUGAUAUGAUUGAAGGCUGGGCGCGAUGUAGCGGUUUGUCAGGAGGCUUCAAACCCGCCUCAGAUUCUGCUCUUUCCCUGUGAUUAGGUUGACCGAAAGUUCGGCAAAAUUUUCAUUAUGGCGACCGCCAUUGAUGAGGCUCCAGAGCCCCCCCCGCAGUAAUCUCUGGGUGAGGUCACUCAAGUCUAUGCUUGAGACACGUGGGAGCACACUGCCACAGUUCUAUUCAAACACAUCUUGUUACAGGUAGGGAAAAAAAGUAAAAAAAAAAAAAGCUGCAAGAGAUUGAGGAGAAGGCGUCGUGGGGACAUUGGCUAACAAUGACGGCAGUGAUGGCUGUUCGUGUACUGUGUUUGCAGUUUAGUUGAGGUUGAACACAAUUCCAUCAGCCACACACAUUUCAGAAAGAGUGAAUCUGCCGGGGAACGUGACUCGAGACGUUGACCCACUUUUGAGUUUCCCUUGCUGUGCUCACUGAACUGACACACAGAUUCAAAGAAAAGUCAACACUCAAUAUUCACCGUCAGGAAACACACACACACACACACACACACACACACACACACACACACACACACACACACACACACACACACACACACACACACACACACACACACACACACACGAACUGUGCUCAUUCCCAACACACAACACACUCAUUGUUAGAGUAAAGCUGCUGAAUGCCCAAGACAGUCAAUAGAGUCAAAGAGGCUGUUGGAAGCACUAGAGGCUUGACAUUAUUCUGGAUCAAUUCACUUUCCUUGAACUCCCCCUGAAGCUGAUCAAUAUGUUUUCUGCCUUUUGCAGAACAACACUCUCAAUCCUCCAUGUCUUUAAAACCCUUUGUUGUUACCGAGGAAAAUAACUGAAUCAGUGUAAACAAAAUACAAUGAAACCAUUUCCAUCUUCAGUUCCUGUUUACACUUUACAACUUAAAGCAUGCUUCAACAAGAAGGUUUUUUUUAUUUUUUCAUCUGUUGUUAUUUUUUACGACUAUACCAUUUGCAUUGUGCAUUUCAAUCUAUACAUUUAUGUUUGUGUAUAUUUCCUAUUCUUUGGUUUCAAUUUCUGAACUUUUUCGGUGCAUUAAUAAAAUUGCAGAGACUUAAUAUGUGACCAGUCAUCAACAUCCAGUUUUCCACAUAACUGUGUAACAUUGCAGUGUGUGAACAUUGACACCUUAAUCUCUCAGAAUGGAUAAAUCUAUGGUGAGGAGCAUCAGAUUCAUUUGUUGAAUAUCAAAUCCCAAAGUAAAGGCAACCAACCCACAACCAAUGUUUAGUCUUGUUUAAACACCUCUACAGUUAUCUGGGCUAAAAAAAAAACUGCAAAAAAAAACUGCAUUACCCACAAUGCAACAAUAUGACCAGUACAUAGGAUAAACUAUCAUUAAUAUAUUUGUAAAUUAUAGCAAAUUGACUCUCAUAGUAUUGUUAGAGUUGACGCCAUUUGCUCUGGUAGAUUAUGUUAAUCGAUUGGUAUUGCGAUUUAAAAGUAAUGUCUUUGUUCUUCUCUGAUUUGUUCAUCCUUAUGUGCUGUAAAUAACAUCGAAGAGUUAUAGUGACACUUUAUUUUACCUUUCCAUAACCUGAAACUUCUGUCCAAAUCUUAGUUGCUUUGAAGUCUCCAGGAAGUGCAUGUGAAGUAUAUUUUAAUAAUAUAAAAAUAGUUUUUUUUUAAUUAAAUUUUUUGGUGGUCUUUUUUAUGGCUUUUUUUUAGAGACAGGACAGUGGAUAGAGUCAGAAAUAAGGGGAGAGUGGUGAAUGACACGUGGGAAGGAUGGCAGCCACAGGUUGGAUUUGAACCGUCCAUGAACUUCCUUUGAACUUAAUAGAAAAUGAGGGAGAUGAAACCCAAAGCAUGACCCAUGUUUUAUGUGCUACCUUUACCCCUCAAAGACACUCCCUGUUGUGUUAGAGAUUAAAGAUGGAUUAAAGUGAGAAUGAUUUGCUUUAACCUGAUAUUUUUUGCUUCAGUGUUAAAACUGUAAAUGUUCUGUAUUCACAAGUUGAAUGUGCAAUUUAAAGGGCUAAAAGGGCUUUCAAAUGAAAAUAACUAUGUGCAUAAGUAUAUCAUCCAUACCUCACUAAGAAACAUCUUGACAUAGUAAAGAGCCACGAUGUUCCAUGUUAAAGAACUUGAUAUGUUUAAGUAACAACAAGAGCAGCUCAACAAGAAGCCAAAAUCUAUUUUUUAAAUGCUCUUUCUGCUACAGAACUACGGUAAGCUUUUGUUCCUAUGUUUGUCUGUUAACUUUACUAAAUAAAUUAUUACUAAUGA